GAAAUCAUGAGCUAUCUGAAGACUAUAUAAGAUAUUUGACGCAAAACCGACGUACAACUAUGGAGGUAACAAUCAAACAUUUGGUCAAAAAGAUGGGAUUAUGGUUUGGUCCGCUGCGAGAUAGCACGAACUUGUUCGCAAAGAUUUGUAUUAUUUGCUUCUUUAUAACGAAUGUGGCCCAAUUUGUUUCUUUGAUUAGAAGCAGAAAUGAUCCAGAACAUCUGUUUGCAUGCUUCAGCGUUCUCUCAUUUUGUGGAAUGGGUUUUAUUAAGCUGACAUCGCUACAGUUAAGAAGGAAAUCUUGGCGAUUUCUCUACAAGAAUACUUACAAUAUUGAAAACGAGCAAUUGAACAAUGAUGAUAAAACUGUAAAUUACGAAUCUGAGGAUGAAGAAAACAGAACAUUUUCUCCGCAUAUUUUAUUAUAUACGAAACAGUUUGCUACUACAAGCAGUUGGUUGACAAAAAUGUAUAGUUUCACCGCUGUUGUGUAUAUUUUGUCUCCAUUUAUUGGAUACGCGAUGUACAAUGCAAACGGAAACGUAGACGACUUUAGGGUACAUAUAUUACCAAUUUGGUCACCAUUAGACAAACUCAGUAUUAUUGGUUACGUGUUCACAUUAAUCGUCGAAUUAAUAGCAUCGAUAUACUGUGUGGCCAUUCAUAUAACCUUUGAUACAAUUGCUACGGGAACAAUGAUAAUUAUUUGUGGUCAGUUUUCUUCGCUACACGAAUAUAGCCAACAAAUUUGUGGAAGUGGGAAGCGAUCUGACUUGAAUGUGAAAAGAGAUGCUAGAGCGCAUUACCGAAUAAAAAAAUGUAAUUUCAUUCAUGUUACAUUGUUAAGCAUGGUCAACAAAUUGAAUGAGUUAAUAAGGAAUAUCAUCGGUAUAUAUUUUUUCUUAGCCACCUUGACUUUAUGUUCAGUGGCGGUACAACUACAAUCUACGAAGCUAAGCGCCACUCAGCUAAUCUCUCUGCUACAGUACAUGUGCGCGACUCUUAUACAGCUUUUACUUUACUGUCAUUAUGGACAUGCAGUACAAACCAAGAGUGCUGUAUUUAUUGGGGAUGGCCCAUUUACGUCAUCCUGGUGGAGUGUUAGUGGCAAAGUGCGACGUGAAAUUGCGAUUUUAUGCACAGGCAUGUCUCACAGUUGUAGACUCUUUGCCGGCCCAUUUAAUGUUUUGAAUCUUCACUCAUUUAUUCAGAUUAUUAAAACUGCAUACAGUUACUACACAGUGCUUCGCCGUACGUCUGAACUAGAGAAAUAAAUUUAGAUAACUGUUAAAAACAUUUAUAUGUAUCAUUAUUUAAUACUUUUCAAUUACUCUAAAUGUAACAAGCUUUUUAAAACCUAGCAUAUUCACCAUAACUUACUACUUAAAUAUUUUUAAUGGAAUGGACCAAUUAACGUGUCGUGUGAGUGGAUUAGAGGUACCACAUAUUAACCAAUCAUAAUCAAACGAAAAACGGUAUCAUUAAAUCUUUCUUACUCCGGCCUUACCUUAACCGAAUUUUAUCACCAUAAGUAUCAGAGAGUUGCCCAUCUGGUAAGGAAUCGCGGUUUUUCACAACAUUUUGAGUUCGUAAAAAGGUUUUAAGUUCAUUUAAAAUUACUAUCUUACGAUAUG